CCUCUUCUUCCCGCACCAUUCUGCCCUUUUGCCUCGCCCUUGCCCCACUGCUGCCCGCGACGCCGUCGACUGGUUCGACUGCCGCGCGUGUUCUCGUCUCAAGUCCUUCAAAGCCCACAAGCCGCUAGCUCCUACCUUCUCGACACCUUCUACUCGACUUCUCCCCGCGCACGUCCAUUGCGCUCCUUUCAGUCGCCCAGCUUUCAGAUCCUGUCGCCUUUGCUCUCCGGCCUGCCCGUCUUCGCUUCGUUGCUUCUUGAUUCUUUCCGCGCCGCCUUUCUUUCUUUUCUUCCUCUUCCCUACUCCUUCUUUGCCGAGGCCACCACCUGAUGAAGUCCAGCUCGGCACUGCCCACCAGCAUCGAGCCGCGCCGCAACCGUGAACGCACCUCGCCGCCCGCCAAGACCGUCCCGCUGCCGAGCUCGCGCGAGGCGACCAUUGCCAUCAUCGCUCAGGCACCGUCCUCCGACGUUCGAACAGACCAGCACGCUGCAAGCUCCUCCGGCCGUGUGCCCCGCGUUACUGUUGCCCCUCUCCUGCUCAAGCCUGCCGUGCAGUCCUGCCUAAAGAACGGCUACCGCCUCUCGCUGCCUCUCGCCGCCUCUCUGCCGUACCCGAGUCCGAGCAUCAUCUUCCCCUCUGCUCUCGAGGUCUCCGCCGGCGCAACUGCAGACACGUCCGCCCCGUACGCACUCCAAGAGCUCACGCGCACCCUCCGUGCUCUCGACGACGGCCGCCGCGCCUCCGAUCCCGACGUCAAGUCCGACUUCGAAGCCGCUCUCUUUGCCUGGGUGGAGCGCGAAUCUAAAGCUGCCGCCAUGGGUCUUGCAAUCGGUCAAGGUUUCACAUCCGACCUCGGACCUACCGAGGGCGCUCGCUCGCCCCUCGACGAGGGCUACGGCGCGGAUCUCGAGGACUCGCCGUGUCUGGGUGGCGAGCAGUACCGCCGCGGCUCGAGGAUUCACACACGCACCGUUGGUCUUGCCAGCUUCCACGCCAGAGCCAAGGCUCUGCGCCGCAUCGAGGACGUAGCCGCCAUGAAUGCCGACGUCGCCAUGUCCAGCGAGGGCACCGCUGCGGCAGAUGUGAUGGCCACCGCCCCGACGACGAUUAGCAAGGAGCCGCGCUUCACGCUCGCAACGGAGGUUAUUCCGCGCAUCGGAUCUCCGGGAGAGAUGACACCGGAGCGGGUAGAGGAAGCAGGCGAGCCGCAGAAGCCGCAGAUCGUCCUGCCCCGCGAGUCGCCCGAGCAGGAACAGCGUCAGCGCCGCAGCACCAUCACUGGCCCGCCGACGCCCUACGCCUUCCUGCCGCGUCGCCGCAGCCUCAAGAAGGCCGGUGAGGCGAGCACGGAUGUCAAAGCCACCGCCGCCAUCGAUCCAUUUGCCUCGCUCGACCCCUUCGCACUCAGUGUCAACGACAAGCAGCCCAUCACUCGUCCCCGAGCCUUCACGAGUCCGCCGAGCGGCAGCGUCUGUCCCCGCCAGCCUCUUCCGACUUCCGCAUCCGGACCCACACGCUUCCAAGCUCGUCGGCCGCCGAGCCUGCGCCUCUCCAAUCUGCCUCCGUCCGGCGCCUGGGCAAUGGCCGAGAUCCGUGCUCACGGUAAGGGCCUGCAAGGCAGAAACAUGCAUGCUAUGCCCGUCUUCGACCCUCGCAUCCACGGCCCCACGGCCAAGAGCGCUCCGCCCCAGAUCACGACCUUCGCAGCUGCUCAAGCCGCUAGCCAGCAGGAGCCGCUCAGUCCACCGCAGCGCCUGCGCUCGAAGACGAUGGGCCAGGCACAGGCGUCCUCUUCGUCCAAGUUGCGCGACCUGAUGGGCACCGCACGCAAGGCAUCGACCGAGAAGGCCAUGCCCGAGCGUGCGCGGCCCGCCAUCCCUGCGUCCUUGCAGAUCAAGUCUGAGGACCGGAGCCGUGGCCAGGCCACCAUGGCCGGGCUUGGCCUGGACUUUGGCGGCGCAGACAUCGAUGCCUCGAGCGGCUUCCCGCGCACCCUGCCGUACCACCGCGGCCUGGACGCACCCGAGAACGGCAUGCAGGACCGCGACGACGCCGACACGGCAGCACAGCGCGAGAGCAAGACGGCGGCAAAGUCGCGCAAGCAUCGCAGCCUGCCGCUCAAGAUCGAGUCGCUGUUCACCGACCUGGUCAAGCCAUUCGAGGCCGGUCGCAGGCGCAAGCAGUCUGUCGGCCCGGAGAUGACGCCCGUCCUCGAGUCGGGCGUCGAGGCCGCCACGCCGGCCGCUCCUCUGCCGGCGACCGCACGCGAGGCCAUGACCGCGUGGGCCAGGCGUACCUUCGAGGCCACCACCGCGAAGGGACGAGCCGCUGGCAAGGUCGACCAGCCGCCGAGUGCAUUCCUUGCCUCCGCUCCGGUGCUGCCUUCGCUUCCACUUGACACCGACAAGAGCAGUGCCUCUCUGCUUCCCGACAUCGACAUCACAGCAGAGACUACGGACAACGAGACCGAGACGCUCAUUCACAUCGUCGAUAUGACUGGAGCUGCGCCUGCAAACGUGCAGCUGCUCUCCGAGCCCAACUGCUCUGCCUCGCAGUACCUCUCGGUCACGCGCGCCUCGCCGGUGCCGUCCUUCCGGCGCCAGUUCCGGAUGGACAACAACGCACUCGAGCCGUCGAGCUGCGCCAUCACGCUUGCGUCAGCUCAGCAAGACGAGGAGGACAACGAGAAUGCUGCCCUCCUUCCGGCGCUGCCGGACGACGCCGUGCCGACAGGCCAGCGCCAGCGCCGUGACGCGCAAGGCGCCGGCAUCAUCGCUGCGGCACGCAGCGCCGCUCUGGCUCCUCCUGCACCUGAGCAGCGGCUGCGGGUCGUCAGUGCAGACCAUGUGCGCAAGCCCAGCUCGCCCCGCCAGAAGGCGUUGCCUCGUGCGCCCUGCGACCUGGCGCCAUGCGAGGGACGCAGGGCGGUGUCAUACGGCGCCCAGCCCCGUCCGCGUGGCCCGCGCCGCCCGUCGUCGCAGCAGCGCCGACGCAUCCCGUCGUCGGGCCUCUGCACCGAUCUGGCCAUGUCCCGCGAGCCGAGCGUGCACAGCGUCGCGCGCAGCUCGCCCAUGAUCCGCGAAGGCAGCCAGUGCUCCUUCGGCAGCUUCCAGGGCAGUCCGCGCGCCGCACCCGCCCAGCCGGCCAAGGGCACGCCGCUGCUCAUCGACGUCUCCUCGCCCAUCUUCAGCACGCCGGCAAAGCUGCGGCGCGACGUCGCCACUUCUCCACUCCUCGCCGGCCAGCGCUCGCCGCUGAGCCGCAUCUGUGACGAGGCCAGUGCGCUCAUGCACGGGCUUGACGCCCCCUCUCCGGCAAUGAGCGAGCAGGUACGAAUGCUCGACCUGCCGCCGCCGCGCACGCCCCGGCGCCGCGCAGCGCCCAGCCCGUCCGUGGCGUCGUCGACGCCGUCCUCGGCGGCCGGCCUUAUGCGCCGUCGGCGUGCCAGCGACCGCCCUCCGACGCCGCUCGACAUGCUGCACACGCCGCGCUCCCGCGUUGCUUCGCCGCUCGCCGGCGGCACGGUGGACCCCAUCCUGCAGUCUGCCUUUGGCGGACCGCGGCCCAGCGCCGCCGUGCUCGCCAUCGCGCUGGCGGCGGAGGCGAUCUGCGACGACGCCGCCAGCCUCAUGUCUGCCAGCACCGCCGUCGAGUCGGCGGCGUUGGGCACUCCAGCCAUGGCGCCUCUCCUGACAGCGGCUGCUUGA